AUGGAGGAAGCUAACGAGACGAUCAGCCACCUUUCUUCCUUCGAAUCGACAACGGCCGGAAACGCGACGGAGCCGUCGUCGACGUCGUCGUCGGCAGCGUGGGCACUGCGGUCGUCGGUCGAUCUGGACAUAGCCGUGCGCAUCACGCUCUACGCUCUGAUCUUCGUGCUGUCGGUCGUCGGCAACGUUCUCGUCAUAGUCACGCUCGUGCAGAACAAGCGCAUGCGAACGGUGACGAAUGUCUUCCUGCUCAACCUGAGCGUUAGCGACCUGCUGCUCAGCCUCCUCUGUAUGCCCUUCACGCUCGUCGGCGGCAUACUGCAGCGCUGGAUAUUCGGCUCCUUCACGUGCGUGCUGCUGCCGUACCUGCAAGCCGUGUCAGUCGCAGUGAGUGCCUUCACACUUGUCGCCAUCUCUCUCGAACGCUACUUCGCCAUAUGUCACCCGCUGACGUCCCGUCGAUGGCAAACGUUGUCGCACGCCUACAAGACCAUCACCGUGAUCUGGAUAGCCGCCGGAACAGUGGCGGUCCCUAUCGCCGUGACGACGAAGCUCACUCCCAUAAUGCACGGCAGAUUCAAGUGCCGUGAACAGUGGCCGACACGGUCGGCCGAGCGCGUGUACACGCUGAUGAUAGAUGUGGUCAUGUUCCUGCUGCCGUGUUUGCUCAUGAUGGCAGCUUACAGCCUCAUCUCGCACACACUCUGGCAAGGCAUCAAGAUAGAGGAGCAGGACAUGAAAGCCGAGCAGGAGAGCCGCAACGCUGCGUGCGGUCUCGGCAGGAAGGCGGAGGAGAGUGUCUCACUGCGCUGUAACGGCAGCAUGAAGCCGAGGCCCGCGCACAGGCAGCUGAUGCGCAAGUCCACCGCCAACACGGAGAAGAACCUCAAGGCGAAGAAGCGCGUCAUCCGCAUGCUCUUCGUCGUCGUGCUCGAGUUCUUUCUCUGCUGGGGUCCGCUCUACACGACCUACACGUGGGCGCUCUUCGAUCCGAAGCGCGUCUUCAAUCUGAUCGGACCGCUCGGCUACAACCUCGUGUUGCUGGUGGCUUAUGCGAGCUCGUGCACGAACCCGAUCACGUACUGUUUCAUGAACAAGAAGUACCGGCAGGCGUUCAUCUCGGCCUGCUCGUGCCGCAUGCGCACGUUUGGCGUCGUCGAUAAUCGAUCGAUCGAUUCGUCGACGUCGAUCAGUCUAAUGCGACACAGCACCAAAGUCACAGUAUAG